AUGUCCCACGACGAACCCUCAGCCAGUUCAGUCCCACAGCCUUCGCUGUCCGCUGUUGCUGUCAAACUUCCGCAAUACUUCGACCGAAACCCCGGGGUAUGGUACAUCCAGGCGGAAGCCCAAUUCAGCCUCGCCGGCGUCACAUCCCAUCAGACAAAAUUCUACUACGUCAUCUCUGCCCUUACUCCAACCGCAGCAGACGAGGUAUAUGACGUUCUAGCUACCCCGUCCCCCGCAACACCGUACGACCAACUCAAGAAAGCCCUCCUCCAGCGCACAACAGCUUCCAGCCGCUCGCGUUUACAACAGCUCCUCUCGGCCGAGGAGCUGGGAGAUCGACGUCCCACCCAGCUUUUACGGCGCAUGCGGCAAUUGCUCGGAGACAAUUCUGCGUUCAUGGACGACACUCUGCUCCGUGAGCUUUUUCUUCAACGCCUGCCACAAAAUGUGCAGAUGGUCCUGGCCACAGCUUCCAACAUGACACUGGACCAAUUGGCUACACUCGCUGACGCCGUUGUUGAGGUGGCGAGUCCAUCUCCCGCCAUAACCGCGGUGUCACUGCUUCCACCUGAUGUCCGCAGCCACAACAAUGCUGCUUCGCAGAUCGCGCCAAGCACCUCCCAUUCUCAGGUUGACGACCUCUGA